AUGUGCCUGUCCCAGGAAAAGGUUGCUAAGAACAGCCUCUCUGAUACUCAACACAAGAGACUCAGGGCCCGAUGCCUGUGGUUGCCUCUGCAGGAAGGCGAUGCGCUGGGCGCCAUGGAGAAGCUGUGCCGGCAGCUGACGUACCACCUCAGUCCCCACUCCCAGUGGAGGCGGCACCGGGGGCUGGUCAAGAGGAAGCCGCAGGCCUGCCUCAAGGCUGUCCUGGCCGGGAGCCCUCCAGACAACACAGUGGACCUGUCAGGCAUCCCGCUGACCUCCCGAGACCUGGAGCGGGUGACCAGCUACCUGCAGCGCUGCGGGGAGCAGGUGGAUAGCGUGGAGCUGGGCUUCACAGGCCUCACAGAUGACAUGGUCCUGCAGCUGCUGCCAGCACUCAGCACACUACCCCGCCUCACCACACUAGCGCUCAAUGGCAACCGGUUGACCCGGGCCCUGCUGCGCGACCUCACCGACACCCUUAAGGACCCCAGCAAGUUUCCCAGUGUCACGUGGAUCGACCUGGGCAACAAUGUAGACAUCUUCUCAUUGCCCCAGCCCUUCCUGCUCAGCCUGCGCAAGCGCUCCCCAAAGCAGGGCCACCUACCCACCAUCCUGGAGCUGGGCGAGGGCCCAGGCGGUGGGGAAGAGGCCCGGGAUGGGACACUGGGCCAAGAGGACCCUGGAGGGGGCCCUCUGGCCCCUGCCAAAGACCACGAGGGCAAGGAGACUGUAGGUGCAGCCCAAACGUGAUACACAAGUGGGGGACCUCACCAGGGAGCCCCUGUGGAGUAGGAUGGCUGAGGCAGGCUAGGGGCUCCUACCAGGGGACUCAGGCUACCACCCAGAAUUGGCCUGGGCAGCCCCACCCUUGGGAAGCCAGCAUGUAGGAUCUGGGAAAGGGGGAUUGUGUAAUACUUCUCUUUGGUCCUCUGCAUUUCCUUGUCAAUCCCAUUAUCUGCCUUUUGGCUCCUAAAGAGUCAUCACUGGCUCAAAGGGCAUCAGCCCCUAGCCACCCCCAGACUUGUGGGCACAGUGUACAGUUUGGAGAUGCUGGAAGCUUCAGUUAAUGUGAAUCCUAAGAGCCUUCCCCCAGAAAAGGAGUGUGGUUCAGGUCCUACAUCCACCCCAGGAUUUCCCAAUUCUCCAUUACACUUGUUCUAUUCAGAGCAGCAAACUCCAGCCAGAUGCUAAAUGUGCUCCUGCUUGAGGCAAGUUUUCCAACCUUUACCCUAACUUCUGGCUGAAGGCUGGUGUAGGGGUCUGGCUGCCCGA